CCGGAGAGCGAGAUCAAAGGGACUGGAAACAGACUGGGGACUGACGGGGGGAGGGGGCCGGCCAGCCAGCCUGUGGAGUCCUCCCGGAGAGGCGGAGGGCCCGGAUUCCACCGCGACUCCGGCGGCCUGCUUGGGGUUUUCAUUAUUAUUUUGAAAUUUCUGAAUCGAGCUAGAGCGAGAGAGUGAGAGAUCUCCGUAGACUGCGACUCGCUGGCUCUCGCUCCGAGAUGAUGCAGAGUGCGACUGCCCCCGCGGAGGGGGCUGUCAAGGGGCUCCCGGAGAUGCUAGGUGUGCCGAUGCAACAGAUCCCCCAGUGCGCUGGCUGCAACCAGCACAUCCUGGACAAGUUCAUCCUGAAGGUCCUGGACAGACACUGGCACAGCUCCUGCCUCAAGUGUGCAGACUGUCAGAUGCAGCUGGCGGACAGGUGCUUCUCCAGGGCCGGGAGCGUCUACUGCAAGGAGGACUUCUUCAAGCGUUUCGGCACGAAAUGCACGGCCUGCCAGCAGGGCAUCCCCCCGACCCAGGUGGUCCGCAAGGCCCAGGACUUUGUCUACCACCUGCACUGCUUCGCUUGCAUCAUCUGCACCCGGCAGCUGGCCACGGGGGACGAGUUCUACCUCAUGGAGGACGGGCGGUUGGUGUGCAAGGAAGACUACGAGACGGCCAAGCAGAACGAUGACUCAGAGGCUGGAGCUAAGCGGCCGCGGACCACCAUCACCGCCAAGCAGCUGGAGACAUUAAAGAAUGCAUACAAAAACUCCCCCAAGCCUGCCCGGCACGUGAGGGAGCAGCUGUCCUCAGAGACAGGCCUGGACAUGAGGGUCGUACAGGUUUGGUUUCAGAACAGAAGGGCCAAAGAGAAACGCCUGAAGAAGGACGCGGGGCGGCACCGCUGGGGGCAGUUCUAUAAGAGCGUCAAGAGGAGCCGGGGCGGCAGCAAGCAGGAGAAGGAGAGCUCUGCAGAGGACUGUGGGGUUAGUGACAGUGAGCUGAGCUUCCGAGAGGAUCAGAUUCUCUCAGAACUUGGCCACACCAAUAGGAUGUAUGGCAACGUGGGGGACGUUACAGGCGGACAGUUAAUGAAUGGGAGCUUCUCCAUGGACGGGACAGGACAAUCCUAUCAGGACUUGAGGGAUGGGAGCCCCUAUGGAAUCCCCCAGUCUCCAUCCUCCAUAUCGUCCCUGCCAUCCCACGCUCCUUUGCUCAAUGGGCUGGAUUACACGGUGGACAGUAAUUUGGGCAUCAUUACGCAUGCAGGGCAGGGAGUAAGCCAGACGCUGAGAACCAUGGCUGGGGGACCCACCUCUGACAUCUCCACAGGAAGCAGUGUAGGCUAUCCUGACUUUCCAACUAGCCCAGCCUCUUGGCUCGAUGAAAUGGAUCCUCCUCCUUUUUAAACUUCUGUCCUCCCCACCCUAUCAUCUGUCCUCCUGGCUUGAGAGAGUAUCUUCAAGGAUCAAAAGAGACUUGCCUUUUAAGGAUCAAAAGUACGCCAAUGUGAAUUUCCAUUAUUUUCAAUGGAAGUCCUCCGCUGAUUCCUAGAAGGCUGUGAGAUCACGCUAGGGCACUGUUUUCCUGGGGAAGCAGCGGGAGAGCAGCCUUAUCUCAGAACACAGCACAGCGGGUAAUGGCCUAGAGCUCUAGGGACGCUGGCUUGUUGGGUCUCUCCCCUCCUGUUCUGCUUAUGGGCUUGGCUGCUCAGUGCUUUGGUAGCACAAGGUGACUGUGAUAGGCCCCCCCUGGCCUUUGGGAACUUUGCUCCAACUGGUGUGUUUCACGCAAUGCCUCCCAAAACACUGCUUCACCAGAACUGAGAUUCCUGAGGUAGAGGCCUCCCAGCCCUUGAGUAAAAUAGAAGUGAUUUCUGGAC